GAGAGAGAGAGAGAGAGAGAGCCCUACAUGAUAUAAGAAGCAAGUAUAGCGAACAGUUUCCUGAAAACCGUCAUUUCUACACCACCGCAUCCAUCACUGCCACUGCAAACAUGGCUCAAAAAUCACGUGCAGGUGUUGUCAAGUAUGGCAGCUACAAGUAUGAAGAUGGCACUCAGUAUGUGGGUGACUGGAACGAUAAGGGGCAGAAACACGGAAUGGGUCACCUGGUACUGGCAGACAGCACACGCUAUGAUGGAGGCUUUGAAGCUGGCUUGUUCAAUGGUCUGGGAGUGAUAUCCUUCCCAGACGGAGCAAGAUAUGAGGGGGAGUUCAUGCAGGGCUGGUUCCAUGGCCACGGCAUCUUCUGGCGCAACGACAAUAUGCGUUUUGAGGGAGAGUUCCGUGGAGGGCGCAUCUGGGGUCACGGUCUAGUGACAUACGCUGACGGUUCCAACGGUUUCCCACGUAAUGAAGGUUUUUUUCAAGACUGCCGGUUCAUGCGCAAGACUCGCUGCCCCCAGGUGAUCCAACGAGCACAGAAAGUGGCCCACAUCGCUCGAGCACAGAUGGAUCAGUAGACGGAUAAUCACAAUGCCAGUGAAGUUCAUUAAUGUCACAGGUGAAGUUUCACCAUCUCCUCAGGCAUAACUGGCCUCAAGGAAUUUCGGGUUAUCUUCCCAGAAUCUGGUAAUGGAAUAAUAAAAGCAAAAAAAAGAUUCAA